CAACCCACCGCGUCCACUCGGAGACUCGGCGAUUCUCAAAACCUCUCCACUCGGGUACUCGCUUCUCUUCCGAUCCGUACUAUUUCCAUUUUCUCAGCAAGUUCGAUUCACUAUCUCUUCAUCAAAUUUCUCCGAUUUCCUCGCCCUAUAAUCAAAUCAUUCAGGUGUGUUGUUACGAGAUGGUUUUUACUGCAAAGAUCACAAGCCUCACAGUUUAUCUGCAGUUGCCCAUUUACAUUGCUGUGAGAAGGACUGCAUAAAGGAAUGGUCUAAAGAUGACAUCAAUGAUUAGGUCAUCUGGAUAUGUGGAUCCAGGUUGGGAGCAUGGUGUUGCUCAAGAUGAUAGAAAGAAGAAGGUCAGAUGCAAUUACUGUGGCAAAGUAGUUAGUGGAGGAAUUUACAGACUGAAGCAACAUCUUGCCCGGAUUUCUGGUGAAGUGACUUGUUGCGACAAGGCACCAGAUGACGUGCGUCUGAAAAUGUGGGAGAAUUUAGAGGGCUGCCGAGCUGGCAAGAAAUCAAGGCAAAUCGAGUAUGAUGAACAAUCUUAUCUGAAUUUCAACUCUACUGAUGAUGUCGAGGAAGAAGAGCAUGUCAGGUAUAGGAAAAGAAGUAAGCGGAUGUCAGGUGACCGGGAUUUAGUCGUAAGUAUGACUCCACUUCGUUCUCUAGGAUAUGUUGAUCCUGGUUGGGAACAUGGUAUUCCUCAGGAUGACAGGAAGAAGAAAGUGAAAUGCAAUUACUGUGAGAAGAUUGUGAGUGGUGGUAUCAACAGGUUUAAGCAGCAUUUAGCUAGAAUACCUGGGGAAGUUGCUCCUUGCAAGAGUGCACCAGAGGAAGUCUAUAUCACAAUUAAAGAGAACAUGAAAUGGCACCGUACAGGUAGGAGGCACAGGCGACCAGACACUAAGGAGAUGUUUUCUUUUUACCUGAACUCGGAUAAUGAAGAGGAAGAACAAGAAGAGGAUGCAGACUAUUCUGUGGGUAAAGAUAAACUUGAACUUGGGGAUAGAAGAUUGGACAGAGAUUUGAAAAGAAAUUUCAAACCGGUGUCUACUUGUAGUGGGUCUGAACCACUGUCAAAAAGGCCAAGGUUUGAUGCUAAUGUUUCAAAGGCGCCCAAAAUUCAGAUCCCUGUAUCCAGCAGACAAUCAAAGGCAGAUCCCUUCAAGAAGUCCCGGAGAGAAGUCACUUCUGCCAUAUUCAAAUUUUUCUCUCAUGCAGGAGUGCCUUCUCAUGCAGCCAACUCCCCAUAUUUUCACAAAAUGCUAGAAUUGGUUGGUCAGUAUGGCUCAGAUUUUGUGGUUCCUUCUAGCCAAUUGUUAUCUGGCCGAUGUCUACAAGAUGAGAUUUUAACCAUAAAAAAUUACCUUGAGGAGUAUAAAUCUUCGUGGGCAGUUACAGGGUGUUCCAUCUUGGCGGAUAGUUGGAGAGACUGUCGGGACAGGACAUUGAUUAAUAUUUUGGUUUCCUGUCCUCGUGGAGUAUAUUUUGUUUGUUCAGUUGAUGCAACGGGUUUAGUUGACGAUGCAAACUAUUUAUAUAAAUUGCUUGACAAAGUGGUGGAGGAGAUGGGGGAGGAAAAUGUUGUUCAGGUAAUUACUCAGAAUACACCCAGUUACCGGGCUGCUGGGAAGAUGAUUGAGGAGAGGAGGAGAAACUUGUUUUGGACACCUUGUGCUGCCUAUUGUAUUGAUCAAAUCCUAGAUGAUUUUAUGAGGCUUAACCGUGUACGAGACUGUAUAGAGAAAGCGCAGAAAAUUACAAAAUUCAUUUACAACAGGAUUUGGGUAUUGAACCUUAUGAAAAAAGAAUUUACUGGAGGUGAGGAACUUUUGAGGCCAUCUGUCACUCGGUCUGCUUCAAGUUUUACUACAUUGCUAGGUUUGCUUGACAAUAGGAUUGCUCUUAGAAGAAUGUUUCAAUCAAACAAAUGGUUGUCAUCCAGAUUUGCAAAACUAGACGAUAGUAAAGAGGUGAAAAAUAUUGUGUUUGAUUCCUCAUUUUGGCGGAAGGUACAAUUCGUUAAAAAAUCAGUAGAACCAAUAGUAGAGGUACUCCAGAAGAUCACUAGUGAUGAGAGCCUCUCUAUGCCAUUCAUCUACAAUGACAUGUACAGGGCAAAGCUUGCAAUCAAAAUCAAUCAUAAUGCUGAUGCGCGUAAGUAUGAACCCUUUUGGAGUGUGAUUGACAACCACUGGAGUUCACUUUUCCACCAUCCUCUUUAUCUGGCUGCAUACUUUUUGAAUCCUUCAUACCGAUAUCGUCCAGACUUUAUUCUGCAUCCGGAUGUUGUACGUGGUCUAAAUGCGUGCAUUGUGAGAUUGGAACCAGACAGUGCCAGAAGAAUUUCAGCAUCCAUGCAGAUGUCUGACUUCGGUUCUGCAAAAGCUGAUUUUGCGACUGAUUUGGCUAUCAGUACCAGAUCAGAGCUUGAUCCAGAUCUAUUGUAUGAUUGGAUCGUGGAGACUGAGAAACAAGCCUUGCAAGAAGACGAGGAAAUUCUUUAUACUGAAAUGGAUCAUGAAGACACGUUUGAGAAUGAUAUACACGAUUCUGAUGAUGGAAAUAUAGAGUCAAGAAAAGGAUCACUGGAGAUGACAGUGCUGGCAGAUGUGGUGGAGCCUUUGGAUGAUGAUGAUCCUGCUCAAAAUGAUGACAUGGCCUCUGGCGAUGAUCAAGAUCUCAACUUUAUUGAUGACGAUACGACUGAAUAAUCAGUCUCUGGCCACAUCAUUCCAUUUCUUUUGUGUGUAAUAUUUUUGUACUAAGUUUAAUGUUUUACUUCUUCCUUGUUGUUUGUACCUUAAGAAGUGGAAUGUAAUUUGCUGCCAAAUUUUGUAAAUUGGUUAAUGAUACGGCAAGGAAAGAUGAUUUUGACGAGCUUCAGAUUACAUGAUCGUCUAAGUUUGUGCAUUCAACCAAUUAUUCAGGAAUGGAAGAACAGCAUGCCAAUGAAUCUAGUUCAUUAUGCUAAGACCGAUUUACAUAUAAAUCUCUGGAUGUUUCUUCUUGACUUGUCAAUACAUUUGGACAGUUAUGUACGUGAAUUGAUGCGCAUGAAACUCC